UGAGAAGGGGGAGGAGUAGAGAGGAGGUGGGACCAGUGGGAGGAUAUAAGGACAUUGUCAGCUUGCCUCUUCACUCUUCAUUCUUCUCACACACACACACCGGGAAGUUGAGCUGUUACAUACACAACAAUCUCUGACCAUGAUGAUGAGGAGAAUAAUUGGCGUUGUGCUGUGCACUGCCCUGGUGGCCUGCGUUGAUGUCAUGCCCCAGAAAGACUUCAACCUGGAGAAGAUGGCUGGUAAGUGGUGGAUUGUGGGCUUUGCCACCAACGCCCAGUGGUUUGUGGGCCACAAGGCGAACAUGAAGAUGGGCACUGCCACUUUGACGCCCACUGCCUCAGGAGACCUGGACCUCAUCUAUGCCAACCUGAACGCUGAUGGUUCUUGCUGGAGGAUGACCCAUCUGGCAAAGAAGACAGACGCCUCAGGUCGCUUCACUUUCACCAGCCAGCGUUGGAACAAUGAAAAUGACAUGCGUGUGGUGGCUGUCCAGUAUGAUGAAUUUGCUCUGAUCCACACCAUCAAGACCAAAAAUGGAGUAUCGGAGGUCCUCAACAAACUCUACAGUCGCACUCCAGAGGUGAGUGAAGCUCUGCAGCAGAAGUUCAGACAGUUCUCUCUGGAUACAGGAAUCCUCUCUGACAACAUCGCCAUCCUGCCCAAAAACGGUGAAUGUACCGAGGCAUAGGCGGUCUCAUCCAUCCAUCCCUCCCUCCAUUCCUCUUCCAUCUCUCCUUGGUCUCUCGCUUUCAUGUCCAAACUCUUCUAUGACAACCCCUCCACGAAACAAGGAACCCCAUGUCCACCAUUUAAAUGCACCAGUUCUCAGUGCUUUUGUUCAUGUUUUUUGUAAAAAAUUAUGUUUUUACUAAUGUGUUGACUGAUCUGUUCUGAUGACUUGUGUUGAAAUAAAGAAUUUGUAAAAAAA